AUCAAACAACAGGGAAGUGACCUCUCUCUGAAGGGAACUGAUAAUGGAAGAAGAAGAGCAGACCCUGUUGGAAAAUGAGAUUCAUGCAUUUUAAAAGACUACUUGGAAAAGACACAUCCCCUACCCCUAAGGAAUGACUCUAUAAAGAAAGAGUCAAUGGCAGGCAGGUAGAUGAAUAUCAUCUGGGGACGAAGAGUCCUCACCAUAAUACCAUCUAGGUGGCCUAUUAUAUACAUAAAGCUAACCUUUGAGGUCCUCCCAAAAGAUGGAAAUCCUACGUUUGGAACAGUCCAAGAAGACCCUUAUCAGUUUGAACAUGGACCUUGAAAAGGAUCUACAGAGAAUAGACGAGGCAAACCAGUCUCUUCUAUUAAAAAUUCAAAAGGAAGAAGAUGAGAACAACAGGUUGGAAAGUGAGCUUGCCCGCUUAGCACACUUAGCAGAAGAACAGGAGAGGAAAGAGUUAGAAUAUACCUUAUCUGAAAAGGAGCAGUAUUUGAAAGAACUGGAACAGGAGACUUCAAAACUAGAAAAGAUCAAGGAGGCUUUAACCCAGGGUAUAGCAGCACUUCAGAAUCGGCUUUCAGGGAAAAUGCAUGCUCCCAAAGCAUUUGUGACUGAGGAAGAAAACCUAUUGGGAUCCCCAGAAGUGGCAAAGAUGAAAAUACAACAGGCUGAAGUCUCUUUGGCGGAGCAAGAAAAGGAACUGGACAAGGUACUGCAUGAAUACGAAUCUGUGCAACAGCUCUGUGAGGCCCAGGCCUAUUGCAUAAAGAAAUACCAAGAAGCCCUGAGGAAGAUGGAAGAAGAAGUAGAGAACAGGUUCCUUGAAAGAGAAGUGUCAAAAGUCCUAAGUAUAUCCUCUCAAACAGCAAGUCGAGGGUUAAUGCUGGUGGAUGACAUCCAAAAUGAUGCGGAGAAGAUCAUUACUGGAAGAAAGAGGAGCCUCUUCUGGUACAGGACUCUUGGACAUCUCUUCUUUACAAUUCUAUCGUUCACCAGGCUACAAGGCUACCUGCUUUUCCAUAUUAAUCAUAUAAAUCCAGAUCUCCUAUUGGACACCCUGCCUAAGACGCUGGGCCGGAGUACCUUGUAUAGGCUGAGGUGCUUCCUACUGCCAUUUUUCACACUGGAGGCAGAAGAUGUCUUGCCUCACUAAUCGCUGUGUGUGGUGUACUAGAGUGACUGAGGCUAUGAGUGACAAGUGGCCAGAUGGAGGGGAGAACACUUUGGAUGACAGUUGCUUUCCUGAGGUCUGCUGUCCUGGUGACCUUCCCAUCUGAAGUUUUCCUUCCAUGAGUUCUCUCCCCGAAUAAAGAAUUUUGUUUAAAUUCUGGA